CAAGCGGUCCACCAACAGUCGAUUUAAGUUGUGAUCGCAUUCUUUAGUGCACGCUCUAAUCUAGAACUGAUUGAUUGCCAAAAAGUAACAGCGUCUACUGUGAUCUGGAGGGAGCUUGAGGAGAACAUGAAGCAGCAGGAUGUGAUGGAUGAUUUAGAAAAAAAUAGAUCAAAUUCUAUAGUCAAACAAAUGUGGCUCUGAUAUCGCGGCAUUGUUUGACAACUGGCCGAUUGUAUGAUAUCAUUGGAUGGCACGUUGCGAACAGUGAGGGAAAGGAGCUGUAUUUCUCGAGCUAUCACUGGUCGUUCAGAGCACCUCUCCUAUUGAUGUCCCGCUGCACUGGUUUGUUUAUUCAGGUCAUGAUUGUAGAACCGGCCCUUCUUUUCUACUCGAACCUACGACUAGAUACCCGUGUUUAAUUUGCUACUGCCUAUGAUUUGGCAGAAAUAGCGGCUCUCUGCGCGCGGAGUUUCUCGAUUUGGGAAGCAAUAUUGCAGGGUAUUGGCUUGCCAAACGACUUGGUAGUUGCUAGGAUGAGCUAAUGGUGCAGUAGUUGGAGGUUUAUCUGUAGCGUGUGAUAUUUUCCUCAAUAAGCUGUGGGUACGUGGGACGUGCCAACACCUGCCAAUACAGCCCCUGGUUUGUGUCUCCCGUCCGUUUCUAUUUCCGUGAAGAAGAGCUUCCCCUGCAUUCGAUUUCCUCUCCCCUGGAUUGAUUAAAAGAUGACCUCACGCCCACCUUUGAGCUUGUCUGCCCAAUAUUCCUCUGUUUAUGUUCCAGAUAGAUGUGAUCUUACAUUUCCAUAACGAAGUUACUUCUGUCUUUCCCUCUUUCAUCCCACUAACCACGUCCAAAAUGGGUGUCCUCCACCUCGCCAAUCCUGCCACAUACAUCUCCGACUCUCGACCCCGUCUCAUAACCACAUCCAUGAUCUCCGAACCCCUGAGUCCUGAUCUUGACUCAGACUUCGGCGAUGGAGCCCUCCCUACCACCGUCCUCCCCGCUCUAGAGUACAUCUCCAACAAGCUUGGCGCUUGCACUCAUCUCACCUUCCUCGUCGGUUGUAGCACACCUCUGCCAAUCGCCCAUCAGUCCGAGCUCACGCUCGCCCCUAUUGCUCCAUUAGAUCAGCAGAUAUGGAGGACACUCCACCGCAUUGUCCAAAAGGCUACAAGGAAAUUCUCUCUCGGUCCUGCCUGGUCCAAUGCCCUCCAGCGCAGCCAACAGCGCCAGUCCCUGAACGAGAACUGCAACGAGUAUCUCAUCCGCCAAUCUAUCUUACAGAACGACGUCCUCUUUAGCCAGGAGGGCCUGACACUCCUGAGCAUCGAUCGCCUCUAUACCAUCAAGUGCAGACUGCAUGCAUACUCACGCGGCCUGGCGCGUGAGAAUGGCAUCCCCGAUCACCUUUACAUAAAAUCCUGCGUUAGGCUGUUGAGGCAGACGGUCGCAGACUACAAAGGACGACAAUUCAGCUUGGCCUUCUUCACCAGGAUCUACAAGGACUUGGCAGUUCCCGAGCAUCUGCUUGUCGAGGUUGCCAACGAGUAUCAGGCCAAGUACGGCCGUGCGGGCAUUGUUCUCCCACAGAAAAAGCCUUCGCCCGCUGCUCCACCCAAGGAACAACAACAAGCACGACCACCUCAAAAGAAGCGGAAGAACGCCGAUGGUAUCAAGAGACUGGCGCCGAGAACUCCAUUGAGCGCAUCGGAUGUCACACCCAUCACGCAAGGUGAGUGGCAAAUGCUGCUCAACAGCCAAGCGCUGCUGCCGAACAGAAAUAAUACGCUUCAGGUUCCUUUUCCCGUGAAGCCGGUGGGCGCGUGAAUGGCAUGAUGGUGCGUCGGGGCCUUGGGACCUUGGCACUGAGUAAUAUAAAUCAAGCAACUUGAAAGCUCGGCAAACCGACUCAAUCUCCACCUAACAAGCGUCAAUCCUCGGCUGCAUCUCCCUUUGAAUCACCGCUUCCUUGGAUAUAUAUUAAUUAUUGACUGGAAGCUUCUGUGCUCAUACGGAUUGACACAUCCCCUCGAAACAGAGCGAGCUAGCAGAAAUAUCCUACAUCUAUAUUUCGACGAGAGGAAAACAACAGAAGGAGUUCGAGCUCCUGUCCGAUGAGAAAACCGCAUCUGUAAUAGCGCAGGGCACGUUCCAGCGCUAUCAAUAAUUCGUAAUCAAAAUUGAUUAUGAAUUUUAGUCCCGGGGUUACAAGACCAAUCAAUGUUCAUGCAUUGCAAGGUGCGUGCAGGCAGUGAGCUGUGACAUUGUGGGUGAAAUUAAUGAGUGGAGAGAAUGAAGGGGCAUGUAGAGAAAAAAAAAUGUUUUGGAUAA